UUCAAAUGUGUUUUUAUGGCUUCAGUUUAGGGAUGCACGAUUAUGACAAAUAACUGUCGAUUAUUCCCUUGAAAUUGCGUAAUUGCAAUUAUUAAUUAAGAUUAUCACAAUUUACAUUGAAUGAUGUUUUGAAUAGCUUUAUACUAUUGUUUGAAGCAAUAAUCAUGUUUUGCUUGGUCUGCUCAAAGUUGCACUGGAUUUUCUCCUCAGCGUAAGGUCGAGAGGUCCAUCUAUCCCUCUUUUCCAUGUUUGUAGAGUUAGUUCGUGGAGUAAAUAUAUAGGCUGUGGUGUUGUCAUGGUACUGCAAUUUCUAACUUCAAUAUGAUAUCUUGAAAAGAACCGAUAUUCGAUACCAUUUUCAAUAACAUGGGGGAAAAAAACAAUGUAGAUACUCUCAUGUAGAUAUUUUUAAUAUAUAUAUUUUUUUGUCCAUCUAUUGAAAGUCUAGGCAAUCAAAAGUUUCUUCUGAAGAGAUUUAUAUGAGAUUUUAUGCUUUAUAUGAUAAAACUUUUAAGCUUUUUUCAUAUAUAUACGUUGAUCAGUUACCAUUACAAUUAUCUCAGAUAUUUGCUAACUCAGAGUAUUUGUUUUUACAAUUAGGUAAUUUUGUUACACACAGCACAAAGAAGCUUGAUUUCAAAUGGUAAAUUGAAUUUAAAAAAGACAAGUAAACAGUAAUAAAAUAAGAGCAAAUUAACAAAUUACUAACAAUAGCACAAAUAAAUACAAUAGAAUAAAGAUAUAAAUUAAAUAGACUGCUUUCUUUUUUCAGGUAGGUCUAACAGUAGUAAUCAGGUAAGAAAUUGAAUAAAGAAACAAAGUUAGUGGCGUAGCGUCUGGAUAUGCACGUGCAUAUGGGCCCGGGCGGAUUGGGGCCCCAAAGUAUACUUCGGGCAUCUGCGCACCAUCCGCAUCACGAAAUUUUCGUCAUUAGGAGGGUUUGCGGACGUCCACGUGCAGCCCAAUUGUUGUGAUGGCACGAACAGUGUGUGCUGAAAACAGCUUAUGCGAGAGUGAACUGAGUGCUUGAAAACAAAAGUCCACUAGAGCGCAGUGCACACGCCGAACGCGUCUUUCUGCAGCCAAAUGCUUUCAGAGGCUCGCACGCGCGUCUGUGCGCGAGACAGAACCUGUGUAGAUAUGUUCAAAAAAUUAAGUAUAAUAGAAAUAAUGUUGUCAAUAACUUGCUAUAGCCCAUCUAUGCUAAAUGUACUGAAAAUCCUUAAAGGGAUAGUUCACCCAAAAAUGAAAAUUUGAUGUUUAUCUGCUUACCCCCAGCGCAUCCAAGAUGUAGGUGACUUUGUUUCUUCAGUAGAACACAAAUGAUGACAAAAUGUGAAUAAAUGUAACCCGUACUCACUGGGGUGUAUACUCUUUAUUCAGUGAAUUAAAAUGCACAUAAAAACUGAUGGAAAAAUAUGUAGAGAAGGAAUAGUUAUCAGGAAUAAAACACGUCCAUUAAAAAAGUCUGUGACAGAAUAAUUAUUCAAAACUGGAAUAAUCUUCGGACUCAUCACAUCUGAAACGAGGCUAUGCUCAUUCUGAAAUUACAGAGCCAGAGUCGAAUCAGUCGAAUUCAAAAGUUUUUUGACAUUUUUGAAAUAGAGCCGCAAUGCAACGUCAAAAUGAUGGAGGAACGCAUAUACUGUAGUGCUUUUGUUGUAAUUCCUAGAAAUGUUUUUUGUCUGCAUAUUGAUGUGACAAUUUUUUACAAGUAAUAAAUAUGUAAAAUAACAUUGGAUAAUCUUCACUGAAAAAAGUAAAUACAGAUUAAUCAAUUAAAGUUACAGAAGUUAAUCAGUCAAGAGCAGUAAGUGAUGUUUUCUUUGUCUUUUGUUGUUUGAUUAACAUUAACAACAGAGAGAGCGGCACGUUUAUUCGGCUACUGUCCCUUUAAGACAUGACGAACGCACGGACACAUUCUUCCUGAACUGUGUUUACUUUAAUACUGACCGAGAUGGGCAUUGUGACAUUGAUUCUGAGUGUAUUUGAUCUCCAAUAAACUGAGAAAAAGAGCUUGUUUUGGCUCUUGUAUUUCAAAGGUGGCUUUAUUAUGUGUCUGCGCUUUUGUGAUUUCACCGGAACGAAUAGAGUCUCCGGCCGCAGCAGCGUUAAGCAGAAAGUGGUGGGGACGUCCCACCCGCAAAAAAAUCAUAAUACAAAUAAAUAUGUACAUGUGUAGUUUUGUGCAGUUUGUAUUUAUUCCCAGUUCAUAAGGUGCUUACUUCAGCUGACCAUUCUAUGAUAAUCUUCGUUUAUUUUGAUAAUAUGCCUAUUAGCCUAUUUUACUGUCAGAUCAAGUUUGAAUUCAGCUCUAAACUCAGUUAUUAUGGAUUGAUUAAAUAAUAUAAAUAUGAAGCUCAGAUACUCAACAGCAUUAGUUUUAGUGUGACAUUAAACAUUAAAGUGUCUUUUUAGUUAUUGAUCCAUAUAUAAAUCUAUUUCUCUUUUCAUUCAUCAUCUUUUGUCUUUGUGCUGCUGCUGAAUAUUAUUCACGUCACAUUUACAUGAUUAAACGUAUUUCAGUGAAGAUUAUCAAACCAACAUCAAGUGAUUUUAAAGCUUUAAUCUGUGAAAAACUCUGUUCUUCAGGAGUGUUUGGUUUUGAAGUGAAGAGAGUGUUAGUGAAGGAGGGAGAUUCAGUCACUCUAAACUCUGAUCUUACUGAAAUGAAGGAUGAUGAUGUGAUUCAGUGGAGGUUUGAAAACACUUUAAUAGCUGAAAUCAAUGUAACGGCCGACAGAUUCACUGUAAAUGAUGAUGUUCUUGAUGGGAGAUUCAGAGACAGACUGAAGCUGGACAAUCAAACUGGAUCUCUGACCAUCACAAACAUCACAAUGAAACACACUGGAGGUUAUAGACUACAGAUCAACUCUAAGUGGUUUGAUUUCUAUCUUGUUGUUAUUGUGUCAGUGAAGGAGGGAGAUUCAGUCACUAUAAACCCUGAUCUUACUGAAAUGAAGGAUGAUGAUGUGAUUCGGUGGAGGUUUCAAUAUAAAAACACUUUAAUAGCUAAAAUCAAUGUAACGGCCGACAGAUUCACUGUAUAUGAUGAUGUUCUUGAUGGGAGAUUCAAAGACAGACUGAAGCUGGACAAUCAAACUGGAUCUCUGACCAUCACAAACAUCACAAUGAAACACGCUGGAUAUUAUAGAUUACAGAUCAACUCUAAGUGGUAUAGUUUCUAUCUUGUUGUUAUUGUGUCAGUGACGGAGGGAGAUUCAGUCACUCUAAACUCUGGUCUUACUGGAAUGAAGGAUGAUGUGAUUCAGAUUGUGUGGUCGUCUGAAAACACUUUAAUAGCUGAAAUCAAUAAACAGGAUGACAGAUUCACUGUAAAUGAUGAUGAUCUUGAUGGGAUAUUCAGAGACAGACUGAAGCUGGACAAUCAAACUGGAUCUCUGACCAUCACAAACAUCACAAUGAAACACGCUGGAGAUUAUGACUGUAUUCAGAGUCUUGGCGUUAUUUCUUAUAUUCGUCUCAUUGUCUACGCUCGUCUGCCUGUUCCUGUCAUCAGCAGUAACUCUUCACAAUGUUCUUCAUCAUCAUCAUCAUGUUCAUUGGUGUGUUCAGUGGUGAAUGUGAGUCAUGUGACUCUCUCCUGGUACAAAGGAAACAGUUCAUUGUCCAGCAUCAGUGCGUCUGAUCUCAGCAUCAGUCUCUCUCUACCUCUGGAGGUGGAAUAUCAGGAUAAAAACACCUACAGCUGUGUGCUGAACAAUCCCAUCAGCCACCAGACUCAACAUCUGGACAUCACUCAACUCUGUCACACAUGUUCAGUCCACUGUUGUGGUCCUACUGAAGCUGUGAUCCGAUUGGUCCUCUCUGCUCUGGUGGGCGUGGCUACUGUCAUUCUUGUGCUUUAUCACAUCAGAUCCAGAAGAGCUGAAGGAGAUCAAGCACAUAUUCACACAUCAGGAAGUGCUUAAAUCUGAAGCAGAACGCUGAACUUUAAAGGUUCUUCAAGUGUGUUUUUGUCAUAAUAAAUACUGAUGAUUAUUUGA